UGUACACUGUAGUAGGUAGUUCACUCUGGAGUCCGCUGCAGGUGGGACUUAUUUGUAGCAUGGUAGCCGGGGCAUUGUCGUAGCGAGCGUCACAUCUUCACGAUCUGAAGGCGAGAAUGUAUCUCAGCAUUACCACAUGAAGUCGAUACUAGUCUCGACGACGCCAUCCUCGGGUCUGUGAAGGUGGUACUGUAGCUUGAAAGCAAGCACCACGUACCUUGUCGCACCGUCCGCCGCUCCUGGCUCUGGACAUACCAUCCAUCGUCGCCGUCGCAUUGACGUGGCACCGAUCGAUCGCCAAGGGAAAACUGCCAUCUGUCAGUCCAUGAUUCCCGUCAAUGGACGGGCAAUUACCGUCUCAGCUGGCGCGCUGUCGCAGGUGUCAGAGUUUCUUGCGCAUGAGAUGAGAUUCUUUGUCCGGUACACGAGCAUCGGUCCCUGCCGGUUUCGCGGUAGCUGCAAGUGAGCCCGAUUACCUCAAGUGCGGGACAGCCUCAAGCGCUGGACGGCGGGCUGAAAUAGUGCAGCCAAAUCAGUCGUCAGGACAGCGGGACAGCGGGACAGCGGGACAGUUUUACGACUGAUCUCCACGUCACAGCCGUUCGAUAUGGCGUUCUCGCUGACCAAGGCCGGCGGCAGUAGCGCGACCCGCCAAUUGCAUUGCCCCUGGCGGUUAGGGACGCGACGCGGAAUAUUCUCCCUCUGUCUGCUAAGUUUCGUCCUCCUGCUCGUCGUGCUCACCGUAGAAUUCGGCGACGACGACGACGACGAUGGCGACGCGAAUUCGUCGCGAACGCGGGUUACCAGCAGCUAUGACGACAUAGACGACGGGACACGUGGCAGUGGCGGAUUGGACGAGUUCUGGGGGCUGGGCCAGCAGGGGCAGGGCCGGUACUGCAGGGAGCGAGGCCAGCUGGCGGUGUGUCGGCCUCCCGAUGCUGUCAUUCUAGCGGAGGCCGAUCUAGGCUCGCGCCUCUCGUCCGUCUGUUCGGCCGCUGCUCUGUUUCCAGCAUCCAACCUCACCACUCUCGCCCUCUGGGUGGCCGACCCCUCCAUGCCGCACAUCCGCUUCUCUGACCUCUUCACCUUUGGGGGCGGGGAUCCCGCUGCUGCUCGCGUGGAAGGGAGGGCCGCGUACGGCGGUGCUGCUGGGGUGGGCGUGGGGGAAUCUGCUGGUGGGAAUGCCACAGGUGCAGGCACAGGGGACAGCAGCAGCAGCAGCCGCGGCGGCGGCGGCGGUGGCGGCAGCAAGAGUGGGGGUGUGGGGCGGUCAGUGUGGGUGGAGGAGGGCAACGAGACGGCUGCUUACUGGCGCGAGUUCCUCGCACUCACGCACCGACCUGUCACCAUCCGCGGGUGUCAGAAGCGCCGUGCAUCCCCCGACCCCUCUGCUGCCCCUGCCGCCUCGAUCACUCUCAACCUCUACCUCUCCCCCACCUCCAUCAACUGGCUCGUGGACGCCGUGGAUCCGUGUGCGUUUGAGCGCCACGUGUCAGCGUGCAUGGCUCUUCUCCACCCCGCCCCGGCUGUCUCCAAGCUGCUGCUCCAGGAGGACCUCGGGCGAGUCAAAUCCGCCCUCGGGCUUUACGUUGACGAUCUCUCCCUGGACGGCUGUGACGGCUGCCCCAUAUCCGCCACCUCAUCCCCCCCCCUCUGCGCCACGCGCCGCCUCGCCAUGUCUUUCCUCAAGCGCCCCUCGCUAGAUUUCGCCCUCGCCGCCCGCACCGCCCUCAACGCCGCCCAGAUUUCCGACGCUUUUCAUCCUGCCCGUGCUCCCCUGAUGCUCAAGGCCACGCAAUUGCGUGCUGCCACGUGUCCCAAAGGGGAGAGGGCGGUUUUAGGGGAAGGCGGGGUGGAGGAAUGGUUGAAGGGGGGCGAAGUGGACGGGAGUGGUAGUACUGUUGGUGGUGAUGGUGGAGGGCUAACUGUAGGGGGGGGAGUGGGGAACGGUACGGAAGCAGGGAAUGGUACGGAGGUGAGGCAGCUGCUCACGAGGAAGAGCCUCUCACCCGACGACCUCAUGCUGUGCGUUCGGCUGCAGGCAGUGGAGCUCUUUGCUCUCAGCAUGACCCGCGGUCUCAUCUCCCUGAGGGGCGGCCUCGCGUCGCCCCACGCCAUGUUUAUCGCCGCCCAGGGCGCCGCCCGCUCCGACCUGUUCCGCGUGCAGCGGCCCGUGUGCGACUCGCCGCCACUGCUGCCACUGACAAAGCAGAAGCUGGCACAUUUUACAAUCAUCGAAGAGUCCCUCAAGCUGGUGUACUGCGCCAUUCCCAAGGUGGCGUGCAACUCGUGGCUCAUGUGGCUGAGGGCGCGUCUGGGGCUGCCCAACCCCGAGGACCCCCUGCUGGCGCUGAACGAGAAGAAGUGGGGGCUGCACGAGCUGGCGCUCGACUUCACAGAGGAGGAGGCGAUCCGCCUGAUGACCCGCCCGGACUUCUUCAAGUUCACCUUCGUGCGCAACCCCUUCUCCCGAGUGGCCUCAGCCUACUCCAACAAGCUUGUGCUCACCGACACGCCGAAGCACAAGACAGGCACGGGGUGGGGCACUCGGCAGUACUGGAGCAACACCUUCUUCCACCACGUCAAGCCCAUGUACGAGGCCGUCAAGGACAGCCAGGGGCUCGUCACCUUCCCAGACUUCGUCCGCCUCGUGGGCAAGCUGCUGGCCAGCCACCGCGCUGACAUGGACCGCCACCUGGCGCCACAGGAGGACAUCUGCGCGCUGGGGGCGAUGAAGUACGACUUUGUGGGGCGUUUCGAGCGCAUGGAGGAGGAUGUCAAAGUGGUGGUGGAUAAGUUUGGAGGCAAGCACUUGGAUGUGUUCAAGUUUGGGAAAGGAGCGCAUUUCACCGACACCGACAGACGACUGGCAAAACUAUAUGAUAAGGAUACCUAUGAGAGGGUGAAGAAGAUAUAUGCGAUGGAUUUUUAUAUCGCAAUGAACAAUAUCACACAUGAAACUCCUAGGGCAUUGUAUGAGAUGUACGAAAACGAUUUUUGAUGUAUCCUCAUUGAUUUUUCCCCUUUUAAAGCGCGUAACCCAAGUAAGACCAGGACUCAAAGUCUUUGAUCCUUGGUCUCUCGCAAAUCCCAACCUGCGUUCACAAGGUUACCCUGAAACUGAUCGAUUGGAUGGAAACCCCGAACGACGAGGUUGGAUUGGUUGCUUCCCCAUCCACGCUGGGCUGCGACAGCGACCGACCGCACCUGCAAAUAACCUGUUCCCCAAGCGAGGAUCAAGACUCAGAGCAUCAAGUUUAUUUGGGACUCCUGACUAUGGCGGCCGUAGGGUAGAAGAAAAACCGAGUUAGGUAGGACUAACUAGCAUGUACAUCCUAAAAUUUUAGGGGAUCGCCGAGGCAUCGCGAUGCACGCAGGUACGCGGUUGAAAAAAAUCCGACACACUAGUGGUCACUCACGCCUCACACAAUAGCACGCGGCUAUGUCUCGCGAGCAAGACGACAUUAGUCACGGAAACCAGCAGACUCGCGGGAAUUUGAAGCACGACCCAGACCAUUCGCGUCGCAAUUAACAACCAUGGAUCAUGACACGCACAGGGCACUGCACGCAUCACCUUGCACUCUCCUCGCCUCUUCCGCGCUCUCCCUCGCACCACCAUACCCUUUAAGCUCGUGUUGAUGAAAAGACUUUAUUAUAAGAUACUCUGUUUGAAAAGAAAUCAACGAUUGGGCGUAACAACCAGAAUGCAUCUAUCCUAUAUACUAUAUUACUUUUGUUACGCAUGGCCUUAGAGUGAGCUCAUUGUUUGUUUUUGCAGACUUUAGUUAUAUAAUUACAUAUCGU